AUGAAUUCUCAUCACUUGUUGAUUACUUCUGACAAGACCUUGUACGAGUACUAUGACUCUGUAGAUAUGAGACGAGGGGAUCGUUUCGCGACCGCCAUGGCUGGACACUACAACACCCCUCUGGACGACCCUAUUGAGAGUCUCUACCCCUUCGACACCUUGAAACAAGAUACACAGAUCGUGGACAUCGGAGGCGGCAAAGGGCAGCAAUCGAUCCGACUGGGAAUGAAGUAUGCCCGCAUGUCCUUCAUAGUACAAGACCUUGGCAGCGUUGUGGAAAGCGCGCAGGCCAGUGUGGACAUACCCAAAUCCGUCGCAGGACGGAUCCAAUGGCAGGCACAUAACAUCUUUUCUCCGCAACCGCUUCAGGGCGCCGAUGUCUAUUUACUGAGCCAUGUUAUGAUGGAUCAUCCGCUCAGUGCCUGUGUCACUAUGCUUCAGCACGUCGUCAAGGCGAUGAAAGCUGAUCAUUCAAGAAUUCUGAUCCACGAUUUUCUUGAUCCCGGGAAGGAAGAAUAUGUCUCUCAAUUCCUGAAUGAGCUGGACUUUCACAUGAUAGCUAGCCUGAACUGCUUCUCAAAGUCCCUCAAAGGCUGGUUAAAGGUGUUUCGCAACGCAGACCCAGCACUUCAGUUGAAGAGAGUAUUCAAGGGGUCGAAGAAUUCAGUAGUAUUUGAGCUUAUGCUGGAAGGAUGA